AUGUUCAAACAACAUCAAAAACAGUCCGCGUUGAAACCCAUGUCCAACACGUUGAAGGCUUCAAACAAGAGGCUUUCGGAAGAUGAAGAGCUUGAAGAUUUACCUCCAUUGCUGGAGCAAGAAGAUGAUGAACAAGAUGAUGAUUCACCUCCUCCACUUCUAGAUGACGACGAGUGUGAUUUGCCUCCACUUCUAGAUGAUGACGAAGAGGAUGACUCCGAUUCUCCUCCACCACUUCUGGAUGAUGACGAUGAAGAAACAUUGCAUGUAAAACCUGUAAAUUCAAUUAAUCAAAAGGCUUUGAGCUCACUCACGAAACAGAAAACUCCACAAAUGGUGCACACUUCGCCACAUGUUCCAAAAGUGUCAACCUCACAAACAAGAGACCAUGACGAUUUACCUGCUCUCUUAACCGACGAUGAGGAAACAACAGAUGAAGAAGACAAUACUGAGGACUUGCCACCUCUGGAAGAAGACGAUAUAGAGGACGAAGAAGAAGAAGAAGAAGAUUACUUUUUAGACGAGGACAGUGAUCAAGAAAUGACCUCAAGUAGUGACUCGGACGAUGAGCGAUUUUUCAUGCGUGAAACACCAGAACGACGCAAGCCUGUCUUUGACAUGCCUUUCAAACCUCAACCAUUCUCCACAAUUCCCAAUUUCCAAGCGGACCCGGCCACAGAAGAAAAAAGGCGAAAAGAAUGGGAGGAAUACAACCAAAAAAAGAGGGAAGAGAAAUUAAGACGAGAAAAUCUUAAAAAGAAAAAACAAGAACUCCAAGAAAAGCAAACAAAAGCUGCCACCGCUGACAAUGUACCACCACCAUUGCCAACAAACAAGCCUACCUCAGAAGCAGUUAAUGAGGCUCCAAUCGAAUUAGGUAGCUGCUUAAACUGUACACUUGGAAACAAAACUAUAACGAAUAAGGAUGAAUAUUACGUUUGCACAUGCUCCAACAAGUGCAAGCUGCAAUUCCACAAAAAUUGUUGGCUCAAAUUUUACCGAGCCAAUCGUGCGAGUGACAAAUCUGUCGCAUGCCCAACUGAAGCAUGUGGUGGUUACAUUGAAGAUUUAUUUUUGUACGAUAGAGAAGAACAAAAAACGAGAACCAAAUGCCCUGCUCCUAGCAUCUCCUCGUCAACACGACAGCCACCAAAGAAGAAGAGCGAAUUAUUCAAGGCAACCACUGCAAGUGAAGAAAGUAGCAGUCAAACUUCCAAGAAGAAAAAGAAAGAUAAGAGCGAAAAAUUCUCAGUUCAACAGCAAGCAGAACUCAUCGAUGAUACCACGGCUAAUGCUACUGCCACAGAUACUUGCACAGCUGAGACUGAGCCUUCCAAUACUACCACGUCAACAAGUGCCACCGCUUCAACUACUUCCACCACUACGACCACAGAUACUAGCACAAGUGAAACAUUUGAUGAGAGUCAAAUUAAAGUCUCGGUUAUUGGAGGCAAGUUAGCGAAAGCUGUAGAGAAGAAGAAACUUAUGGAUAGAGCUUUGGAAGAAACGGAAAAACGUAAGAAAAAACACUUGUACAAGAGAACUGACUUUUCCAUCAAAGCUGGUAAUGACGUAGGCAUUAUAGUUGAAAUUGAGCCCAUGCGAAAAGUACUGACUGAAUACGGUUACAAGAAAUGCAACAAGGAAGAGUUUCAAUUGGGAGAUUUGAUACAAUUCCAAAUUGAGGAAGGAAAUGACUAUGUGCGAAAUAUAGAAUUGAUCGAACAACUUGAGACGGUACCUGAAAACUUCUCUGAUCUUCAUGAACAACUUAAAGAAAAUCUCAAAAUCAUUAAGGAAAGAUUUGGUGUGGGCAUUGUUUUCAAAUUUCGGUCUUCCAAAAAGAAAAAGUCCACCACAACCUCCACAAGCAAACAACAGAAAAAGUCCACCAAUAAGGCUACCUCUGAUCUUCAGCAACAAGAUGGUUCUGUCGACUACUCUGUGGCCUCAUCAUCGUCAGGCAAUGCUAUGAAUACUCAGACGACGGCGAUAUCGCCAAAGACUUCUGAAGACUCCUCAAGGCAAGGUAGAAACGUUGCAAUCUCAAACCAAGAAGGCAGACAAAUAUUUACCAUGGAAAAUGUCUCUGAAUUUUCUUCACCCUCCUCUGCAGGCUCUCCGUGGUGCCUUGGAAUAAUUUCAGAGAAGAAGGAAACGUUUGGUAAGGUUCAAGUUUCGCUUUUUGCAUCAUCAGUUCCAUUAGCUUUGCAGCAGCAAGAGACCUACUUUUUCCACAAGAUGAAUGUGAAUAAGCGAUCAGUAGAUGCUCAAUGUGGUGAUUUUGUUAUAUUCACGAUUAAUGAACAGAAUAAGGCCGUCACCAAUAUUCAUGUCAUAUCCAAUGACUUGUAUGAACAUUAUCUCACAUCAAAUUAA